UGGAGACGCAGCGCGCAAUCUAUGUGUCAAUUAUUGUUGGCUCUAUAGUGUUUGGUACGUGUUUCUGUCAUCACUUUCCAUGUGAAGAUAGUGAACGAUGCUGCUUACCUAUGUCGCAGGAGCUCAGAUCUGUCUCUACGUGCAGUCUUUCGUUUACUUGCUCAAGAACCCAGUUAAAAAGCAGAGAAAUUUCUAUAUCCUCUUUGGCGCGAUCCUCGUAGUGCUCACUGCCAUCGGAGGUGGAACCAACAUGCAACUCGGACAACUCAUGUGGAUUCAGUAUCCUGAUUAUCCAGGUGGUGCUCCAGCAUACUUCGCUGACCAUUCCUCGGACUGGUACGAAAUAUGGGGUACUGCCUCCGUGUCCUUUGCUAAUAUCAUGGGAGACGGCCUUCUGCUGUAUCGUUGCUACAUAAUCUAUAAUUCCAAUAUAUGGGUGGUAGGCUUUCCCUUUCUUGUUUUGCUGGCAUCGACAGCUAUGAUCAUUAUUACAAUUGUGCAAAGUGCGGUCCCAGAAUCGACACUCUUCUUUGGUCUUCCUAUUAAUUUUGCUAUCGCCUGGAUUUGCUUGACCGUGGGGUUCAACGUCAUCGUCACCGCCCUUAUCUGCUAUCGUCUGUUGUCGUUCCACAAAGUUUCCCGCGAAACUCUUCCCUCUGAGCUGACGAACACUUACACCGGCAUCUCUGCCAUGAUGCUUGAGUCUGCAGCUCCUUUCACGAUAUCUGGUGUCGUGUAUGUUGUUGCCUUUGCUGUAAAAAGCCCCUCUCAGCAAGUAUUCGCCGGAAUUUGGGGGGUCAUGGUGGCACUUUCUCCCCAGCUCAUUAUUACUCGCGUAGCAAUGGGUAUAGCAUGGAACAAAGACAUGGUAGAUAGGUUCUCCGACUCUUUCAGAGUUAAUAGCUCUAGAACGUUUUCAUCUGCUGCGGCAUCGAACGAUGGAAGAGCUCGAAUUGUCGUAGCGCUGACAACCAAGGAGUCCGGUGAAGAUAUGGUUUGAAUGGCAUCGCGUGUCGCCAACUGAAUCUUCUUUCAUUGAUCCACUAUUACGUUCUGCUUUUGAUGUUUUGUAUGGUGCUCCCGUUCCUACGAUUUAUGCUCUUCUGUAGCAUUAACUACACUAUUAUUUUCCAUGAC